AGUUUAUUCUGGGUCAUCUGAAGCACCUGUAGUUUAUUGGCCCCAAGCGAUACCUCAUAGAGUGAUGCCCCCAGAAUGCCCUGCUUCAGGGUUCUACCUCCACCUGUGCUGCCACUGGCUUUAUAUCCCAGGAUGCAGUGUGCUGCUGCCCUGUGGGAGGGUAAGUACAGAGGAGGUGGAGGGUACAGAGAGCACUGUUCACUUAGAAAGCCUCUUCCUACUUUCUGUCAGGCCCCGCCACUCUGUCUCAGAGGGUAGGCUGGCCACCAGUGACUGAACAUUCUCUCUCUUGCCUCCUCUUUGCUACAGUUGGUAGAAAUUUCUUCCAGACUUCCUUGGUGGCUAAUGAUACUGAGAUGUUGUGGCCUUCAUGGGGAGGUGACAGGUUGUCAGGCCACCCAUCCACAGAUGGUUAACCUGACACCAACUGUAAUAGGCAGGACUUUUGUGGUUGCAAACAAUAGAAGCCCAACUCAAUCUUGUUUACGUGAGAUGGGGCAUUUAUUUAAUCACAGAAGUGCAGGAAGGGCACGGGUAUGUUUGGGUCCCAGAAAGAGUGGACUCUCGGGCUGGAAUCUGGCUUGGACUCUGCUCUGUCUUCUUGGAGCUUUAUCCUCUCAGCUGGGCUGUAUCCACAUGACUGAGAACUGUCAGCCUCUGGCCCCACACCCACAGGCCUCCCAUAAGAAGCUGAGGUGCCGUACUUAGUUCUAAUUCAAGAUAGGCUGAUGGGGCAUAGGCAUACCCUGUUGCCUGGGGGCAGGUCUCUGUUACUGGCAGCCUCCAUUAGAACUUCAUGGUGGGAGUGUGGGGUGAGAAGAAGGAAUUCCCACAAAGGUGGCAGUGUUCUCAGAAGGGAAGGGAGGUGGGCAGACAGAAUAACCAGUACUCUUUACCCUGUUCCACCCAGAGGUCUUCAUCACAGUCGUCACCUAUCCUCCCAGAGCCAUCUGCCAUUUUGACUGUAGCUUGCAUGAGCCUCAAGUCUGAGUCAAUUUGCAUGGUUAAAACAGCAUAUUCCCAUGACAGUGAUGACAUCAUAGAGACUAGGGUUCCAGAAGGCAAGCCGAGAUGGCCCAGCACUCUCGCCUUCCCUAGAACAUGGAGAACUGUGAGCUGGAGGGGCUGGGAUAUAGUGUGUGAGGAAGAGGUGGUUCCUGUCUCAAACAGCCUUGUUCUCCAGAUCCUCACAGAAAGCCCUGGGCUGGCUGGGGCCUGGGUCAGAGAGGGAUGGGAGAGACGUAAGCUUCUAUACAGAGAAGGCCAGCAGGAAGUCUGUGAGACCCUAAGAACUUCAGACCCUCAGCAGCACUUUCUUGCCUCCAAAGAUGACAACAGCACUACUCAUCUCCUUGGUCAGCUGUCUCCUUGCCAUAAAUCAGGCCAUAAUUAUGCACCGCUGUGAUGUAGCCAAGUUGCUUUAUAAGGAGGACUUGCAUGGGUUUGAGGGCUACCCCCUGAGUGCCUGGCUGUGCCUGGCUUUUGUGGAAAGCAAGUUCAACACAUCAAAGAUAAAAGAAAAUGCAGACGGCAGCUUCGACUAUGGCAUCUUCCAGAUCAACAGCCACUACUGGUGCAAUGAUUAUCUGAGCCACUCGGAAAACCUUUGCCACACGGACUGUAUAGAACUGCUGAACCCCGACCUUCUCUCAACUGUCAACUGUGUGAAAAAGAUCAUGUCAGGAGGAGGGGGUUUGAACAACUGGAUAGAAUGGAAGCUGCACUGUUCAGGCCGGCCACUCUCCUACUGGAUGACAGGAUGUCGCCUGGCAUGA